CGCGCGAGGGCUUCUGGGAGUUGUAGUUUAACAUAUUCAAACAGCCAGGAAUUCUGGAGAGGAAAAAUUGGGUAAUAAAUUUUAUCAGAUUAUUUGUGUUGUCCUGAUAUGGAUCUUAUGAGAUUUUGUUUUCUCAUGCUCAGGACAGCAGUACCUCUGUGGUUCAAAACACCCAAAGCCGAGAUUCAGAGGUACUACAAAUCCCAUAAAGUGUUGCACGUCUAGGGCCCUUGGAGAACGAGGUCGGCCCCAGCGCAGGCGCGGUGGCGCGAGUUGGACCGUGAAAAAAGAAACAUGGCGGCCGUGGCGUUUACUUCGAAAUUGUACUCCCUGCUGUUCCGCAGGACCUCCACCUUCGCCCUCACCAUCGUCGUGGGCGUCUUGUUCUUCGAGCGCGCCUUCGAUCAAGGCGCGGACGCGAUCUACGACCACAUCAACGAGGGGAAACUGUGGAAACACAUCAAGCACAAGUAUGAGAACAAGUAGUUCCCUGGAGGCCCCCAUAGAGGCCAGAAGGACCAGGUCCACCCAGCAGCUGUUUGCCCAGAGCUGGAGGCUGAGCUUGAAGAUGAUGCUCAAGUUACUCUUCAUGGACCACCGUUCGCUGUUGGCAAGAAACGGCUUUACUUACAAAACAGACUCUUUACCUUCUGCUGUGUUUGAAGUAUGUUUAGUCAGCAUGCUCAGGAAAUAAAUCUGAAUUGCCCUUGA